AUGACUGGUCUUUGUGAUGCUUGGAAGCGACACAAGAGGAAUAUUAAGAAGAAAUAUUUUGAUAAAAAUGCUACUAUUGAACAAAUGCUACAAAAUCGACCCAAUGAGAUACCUGAAGUUCAGUUCCGUCAAUUGAUUGAGUAUUGGGAUGACGAAAAUGUCCAACGUGCAACCAAAGAGAACAACGAGGAACCAUCAAAGUCUGAAAUGUUUAUUACAACUCGUACAAAGAAAGGGAAGGAAGUUCAUACAGAUACUCAAGUUGCAAUAUCUGAACUUCAGAAUUGUCAAAGUUCCGGAGAAACAGCAGAUGAUGCAUUUAGGGCUGUAUUUGGAAAGGAGCAGCCUGGUCGGGUUAGAUGCUAUGGUAGAUCGGUGACGACAAGCUCUCUGAAAAAAGAUGAAGAAAUCACCAAGCUUAAACAAAAACAUGCCAAUGAAAUAACUUCUCUGAAGGAAGAAAUGAAGGAAAUGAUGAGAGAAGAAAUGCGAUGUUUUUUUAGUCAAAUGGUGAAAAACAACCCUGGACUGGAUUUUCAUGAUAUACAAGGGUGUGUUGGAUCUAAUAUUCCUUCACCAGUUGAUGCAAGUAGUGCACGAGCUAUGAGAGGCCAAAAUCUACCACAUUCUUCUGGCUCAACUCACGCCCCAAGUCUUGAAAAGGAAAAUACGGGUGAUGCAAUUGGAUAUGGUGGUCACAAAUCAAUUUGA